CACCGAUUGAAACGCUAUUAGCGCGCACCAACGCUAACUAACUAGCCAUUUCACAUCGGUUACACUAGGACCACCAGAACAGGUGACAGCAUAUUGUUGGGAACUUUGAGGCUUUUGCGCCACAAUGACUGAACAACUAACGGCUACAUAGGCAACUCAACGUGGUGUUAUUUUUCGUUUUGUCCUGUUCGUUCCUCGUAGUUUAAAAAGGAAGUGGUUGUGUCGUUUCACUUCCGUAUUUCGUUUGACGUCUAACUCCUGUGUUAACGUUAGUUGUACACCACUUUUUCGGUAUGAAGAGGAUAACAAAGUGGGGUCAAUUAUAUAAAACACGCAAUGAUUCGGACUCAAGUUCGGUCCUGGAAAAUUUCACAGGCAAGCUACCUACGAUCCCUCUGGAAGUCCUGGAGGAGAUACUGCUGAAUGUACAUCCACACCAGGUGGUGCGUGUCUGUCGACUGGUGUGUCAUGAGUGGAAAGAAGUAGUAGACAGUGAUUCUCUUUGGAGAGAGAGGUGCCGAAGAGAGGGAUACCAGACAUGUGAUGCCACUAAACUACCUGAAGACUGGCGUUUAUUUUACUUCUUGUGUAAGAAGAGACGUAAUCUUAUCAAAAACCCCGGAGCAGAGGAUAAAUUCAAUGGCUGGCAGAUUAUGAAGAAUGGAGGGGAUCAAUGGAACAUAGAGCCAGGGGACCUUAAUAACACGGCCAUAAAAUACUUUGUGACUUCUUACGCGACCUGCAUGAAGUUUCAGCUGAUUGACUUGGAGGCAGAGGGUUACAGGCCUUCUUUCAUGGAUGACUUUCAACCUGCCAUUGUAAUAUCUGACUGGUAUUCUCCACGCAGGGACUGUGGCUCUGAAUAUGAGAUCUGUGUUGAGUUGCUAAAUCAAAAGAAGAAGCCAAUUAGGAAGUUUAGUCCAGAUACUGUCAUCUUUCAACAGUGGAAUGAUCAGAAAUGGAAUCAGAUGACUCAUGUGUUCAACAAUUAUGGACCAGGUGUGCGAUACAUCCGAUUCAUUCAUGGUGGAAAGGACACUCAGUUCUGGGCCGGCUGGUAUGGAAUAAGGGUCACCAACAGUAGCGUGGAGAUCUGCCCAUCAGUGGACAGAGAGCUUUCGGGGUGUUCCCAACCUCCCAAUAGGUUACAUGUGAACGUUGUGCCUACUUGAAAGCUUUACUUACGCAUCUGAAACCUCCCUUAGAAUACUUCUGUGUAGACCCUGAUCCAUCUUUUCUGUCUUAGGCAAUAUGUCUUUCUCUGUGGAUAUAGACUAUUUUGGCUGUAGAAUAUAUAAUUUGUGUCUGUCUCUGAAUUGUACAGACCAAUACAAAUAUGCACUGUAUAUGCCUGGAAUACGUUGAAGCCAUAAACAAAGACAGACAGACCCAGGAGAGAAAGGAAAGUGUUAACUUGAAUGUAAUUUAGUAUGUAUAUAAACGUCUGACCCACUUUGACAAAUGCCACACUAAA